AAUGUGACUCACCGUUCGACAUCUUACAUACGCUACAUCAAGCCAGCAAGAAUCGUAUGCCAGCCCAAACAGCUUCCAGUCACGCUCCGUUCUGCAUACAAGAAUAUCGAUAUUGGUGGACCAGAGUUCAUUCUAGGGAUGGCGGAAUUCAACCAUGCCAAAAGGAAGCGAAGGAGUGGGACGCGCCGGAAAACUGGAUGUCACACGUGUAAGACGAGACACAGCCGCUGCGACGAGAAGAAGCCUGUUUGCAGUAAUUGUGAGCGGUUGAACCUGGAGUGCAAACCCUCAGAAUUCAUCUCUGCCUCGGCCUGGAAUAUCAUCAGUACAACCCAGAAUGAAACGCCGAGUCCGCCUGUGCCAGCAACACACGAUAUGCAAUCAUUGCUACUUGGUAAUGAGACGCCUUCGUCAACAUGGGACAUUUUCAGGCCGCGAAUCUCAGGUCUCGAUCUUUUUGUAGAUGAUUCACCGCCCAAUGAGGUCCUUACGUCUUUGAACCUUCUAUCGCCACCUGCGCCUAUGCUACCUCUUCCCGAGGAACCACAUGUGACUCUAACUCCCGAGACUGCGUUCCUCUUUAACAAAUACGUUAGAACAGUGGCUACGUGGUUGGACUUGAUGGACCACGAAAACACGUACCAAACCCGCAUACCACGAUACAUAUUAUCAUCACCGCUGUUGUUCCAUUCUGUAUGCGCUUUUACAGCAAGACAUUUGUCUCUAUGCAACUCGCAGCAGCUACGCUCCACGUGGGAGAAUGUAGCAAGCUCACAUUAUGGCGAAGCACUUCAACUUAUGAUACGUGCUCUCAACCAAUCUUCACACGAACAUGUCAUCUCGUCGACCAUCCUGCUCUCAAGCUACGAGAUUGCAUCAGGUAUCGCGUCGGAGCACCACCGUAAGCAUCUCCUGGGCCAAAGUAUGCUGAUCAAAUAUCACAAGUUGAGCGCGCGGUCGACGGGUGAAGACCGAGCUAACUUCUGGAUCCACGUCCGACACGAAAUUGGCGUUGCACUGGCUACAGAGAGGCCACUUAUGCUAGAUCCCAUGGAUUGGGGAGUAAUGUGGCAUGCAGAGGAGCUAAGAGAGGAUGUACAGGGCAAUCAAGUAUUAUGGAUUCUUGCGCGCGUCAUCAAUCUCAUCUAUGGCGAGGAGAGACACGACGAACGGCAGAGACGAGAGGGAUUGCAUCAGGAGUUGGAGACUUGGCGGAACGCGCAACUACACACGUUUGUAGGAAUCCCGUACGGCGAGCACGACGAGGAUGGAUUUCGAAAAGUGUGCUUUACUGUGACGGCUGCUGCCGCAGGAACAUUCUGGUACCACGUAACACGGAUACUCCUUUAUGCCGAGCCUGUGUUGCAAGACGAAGCACACAUACCUUUUGUGCAGGACCAAGCCAAGUGCAUCGGCGACAUUGCGAUUUCGGAAUUUCCAGAUUCGCUGAGGGUGUUUGCAAGCCACGGACUCUACUACGCGGCAAAGCACAUAGAGGGUCUCGGGCGCAAGGCGCGCAUAUGGGGUAUCAUGAAUGCAGUAGAGGAGGAGUUGGGGUAUAGCACGCGACCCAUGGUCCGGCGACUCCAAGCGCAGAUCGAGGGCGGUGGACAAGGGCGGUGAGCACGAGGGGAGCGCAACAAGGAAUAGAGGUGGGCACACAGCAAACUCAUUGGAGCUAUCGGCGAGCAUCUGUGUGAAGGAUACACCUGGCGAUGAUGCACAUGUU